AUGUACGGAAUGAUGAAAAUGUUCUCCAGUAUGAAGGAGUUUUACAAUGACAUAAACAGAACGAUGAUGACCGGUGCAAUAGACGUGAUUGUAGUGGAACAACCCGAUGGCACAUACACGUGUUCUCCGUUCCACGUUCGAUUCGGUACGCUAGGAGUACUCAGGAGCAGAGAAAAAGUGAUUGACAUUGAAAUUAACGGAGUACCUCAAGAUAUACACAUGAAACUAGGUGAAAGUGGUGAGGCGUUUUUUGUUGAAGAACUAGACAGUCAGAAUGAGGUACCUCAGCAUCUGUCUACUUCACCUAUUCCGGAAAAAUCUGAAAAUAGUGUUGAUCUGGAGGAUGAUGAGACCAAGUUUGAAAACGUAGCAAAUGAUUAUCUACAACACGAAUACUCAAGGGAAUUAGAACUAGAUUUAGAUGAUAGACAAAUUCCAAAAUACAAAAAUGACAGGCAUAAUGAUGAAGCCACAGAUGGCACGAAUGAAAGUAAAAUCUACCAAACAAUUUGUAAUCUGGACAACAUAGAACCAAACUUAAAUACAGAAAAAUAUAUAAUGAUGAAGGAGGAAGAAGUAGCCAGUGAAGGAAAAAUAGCUAAGAAAAAGAAGAAAAAAUUAAGAAAGAAAACCACCAGACUUAAUAAUACAGAAAAAAUUCCUGACACUAUCUCAAACACUGAUAAAAGUUCGACCAGUGAUUCAUCAGCUUCAGAAAUUCAAAAUUUAGAACAAAGAGAUAACAAUGGCAAAGUUAUUCCAGUGUCUAAGGAUAAUAAAAUAUUACCGGAUUUUAAUUUUUUUAGCGACACCGAAUUAACAUCCAACAAUGCCUCUGACUCGAGACAAGCAUCACCUGUUUACAUAGAGUCGGUUCUAUCAGACUCUGAGAUUGAAGUAAAUAAAAGCAAAGUAGAUAUUGAUAAUACAAAGAAUUGGGAAUGGGGUGGUUUCCCUAGCGUGCCCAACACAAAUGCGACGACUUCUAAAGAUGAACAGAAGUCUAUUCUUAGCAGCUGGUUCUGGUUUAUGAAGCAAAAACACAAUGUACAAAAUCCUCUAGAUGGCGGAGUUUAUUUGUCGGAUGUUAUAAAGGAAAUUGAAGCUGGCAAAACAGAUGUAUAUUGUACGCAGCUAAAAAAAGGCAACGAUGUCGAUUUGGAAAAUAAUCCAUUGAUAACGAAAAAUAAUGAAAAUGUAGAAGAGGUUUCUCUGGACUCACAUAUAGAACUUUCUGAAAUUUACUGUGAUGAUAUUGCAUUGUCUCUAUGCGGUUGGGAUCCCAAACCAACCGAAGAAAAAUUCUUAGAGAAAAUUGUAGAAUAUAGUGAUUUAUGCGACAAUCCAAUACUUUUUGAGGAUUCCAACUUGGUUGUGAAAAUUAAAGAAAAGUACUACUCUUGGAAAAUCGCUGCCUCUAUUAUAACAUGUAUUAUGGUGUUUGGAAAACCUUUAUUGCAAUCUUCGGUCGAUAAAUUACUUAGUUCCAAUACCCCUCCAAAUUCGUCUGAAGUAGAUAAUAAAGAGGAAAGCAACAUUGAAGAAUUGGAUGAAACAAUAGUUGAAAACACUUCAAGUACCCCAAAAGAAUCAGAGGAAAUUUGCACCCCACUUCAGAGGGAACUUGGAUAUCCGAAUGUCAAUACUUCACCAACUGAUAAAUAUAAAAAAACCUUACGACUAACCUCCAAACAAUUGAAGUCAUUGAAGCUAAGAGAUGGCAUGAACGAAGUUGAAUUUAGUGUCACCACAGCCUAUCAAGGAACCACAAGGUGUCAGUGCCAUCUAUACAAAUGGAAGUGGGACGAUAAAAUUGUCAUAUCCGAUAUAGAUGGCACAAUAACAAAAUCCGACGUUUUAGGACACUUAUUACCAAUCGUAGGGAAAGACUGGUCGCAAUCAGGCGUAGCCCAACUCUUCAAUAAGAUAAAAAACAAUGGUUACAAGCUACUUUACCUCAGUUCUAGAGCUAUUGGACAAGCACGCAUCACCAGAGAUUACUUAAGGUCAAUCGAGCAAGGCGACCUUAAUAUGCCUUAUGGUCCGAUCCUUUUAAAUCCCGCCUCACUACUGGCAGCAUUCCAUAGGGAGGUGAUCGAAAAGAAGCCGGAGAAGUUUAAAAUAUCCUGUUUAUCUGAUAUCAAGGCGUUAUUUCCUGCAGGCUCAAAUCCCUUUUAUGCCGGGUAUGGCAACAGGAUCAACGAUGCUUGGGCCUACAGGGCGGUGGGCAUCCCAACCGCUAGGAUUUUCACCAUCAAUCCCAAAGGCGAACUGAAACAUGAGGUGACACAAACAUUCCAAUCUAGUUACUCCAAUAUGAGCAUAAUUGUGGACCAGAUGUUUCCUGCAGUUGUUCAAGAAGCUGUGGAAUAUUCUCCGUUCGUUUAUUGGAGAGAGCCGAUUCCUUCCAUUGAUGAUUUAAAAGAAACAACUUAA